AUGGGGAAGGAAUACGUGCAUGUUCCUUCCGAUAUAUUUCCACUUGAUUGCAAGUCUUUUGAUCUAUUAUCGGAGGCAGAGAAGCAGUAUCUUCAUUGUCUUGAUGAAGUUGCUUGGAUUGGUGGUCUAAUCGACUUAAUUCAGUUGUCUCCUGAGGCCGCCGGAAUAUUCCUUUUGGGACAGUGGAUAUUCGAGAAACAGACGGUAGAUGGGCUCACCGCGUCAGCCAAAUCCGCUGGCGUUAGUGACGCAGAUGUUUCAGCUUUUGUAUCCUACUUUGCUGCUAUUGAUGGAAAUCUUGGGAACUAUCUCUCAUUUGGUGACACGAAGUUUAUUCCAGGUCUUUCACAGGAAGCUUUCUCAACAAUUGUAACAGCAAGUGAAGCUUAUAAUUCAUCAUUGGAGGUAAAGGAUAUUUUUGAGAGAGUUAUUGCGGCAGUAUAUUCUUUGCAUCCACGUCGUCUUCGACUCGCUUUUCCUCCUGAUGGUUUAACUACUUAUUACUCCGGAAACUGCACGCGCGAAGAUGCUGAAAUAGUGCAAAAGUACCUAAAUGCGAAAAAAAUUGAGGGUUAUAAUACUCGCGUAUUGAAGAGUUUGCGCCCAAAUCCCGAUGGAAAGCAUGAGUAUCUCAUUGCAUUUGCAUCAUCUGUCAAGAAAGAGGAAGUAAUCCAUGAAGCAUUUUUACCUAACAACGCAGUUUUUAAAGCGUAUUACGGAGACCUUCAAGAAAUCAUGAUGGUCCUAGUCGACGCCAUUGACGAUGUUAAGGCAACAGCAUUAAAUAAAAUGCAAAAGUCAAUGUGGGAAAAGUUCCAGACUUGCUUCCGCACUGGCUCAAUCGAGGCGCAUAAAGAGGGCUCAAAAUUGUGGGUGUCUGAUAAACAGCCAGCUGUGGAGACCUAUUGUGGCUUUAUAGAGAGCUACCGUGAUCCCUACGGUGUAAGGGGCGAGUUCGAGACCUUUGUAGCAGUUGUUGAUAAGGACGUCUCUACAAAGUUUCAUCAGUUGGUUUCCAGUGCAUCCAGGUUUCUUACUCUUUUACCGUGGCCUGCAACCUACGAAAAAGACAAGUUUCUGGAACCUGACUUCACUAGUCUUGAUAUAAUCGCAUUUGGGGUGUCCGGCCUUCCUGUCGGCAUAAAUAUCCCCAAUUAUGAUGACAUUCGUCAGACAAUUGGAUUCAAAAACGUUUCUCUGGGUAACGUUCUCAAAGCUCGUUUUCAGGACCCGACGGCAACAUUCAUACGUGAUAAAGACCGUGAAACUUAUAUAACUAACGUUGGGCAAUCGUUUGAAAUCCAAGUCGGCUUACACGAACUUCUUGGUCAUGGUUCUGGGAAGCUCUUUCGCCGAAACGACGAUGGCACUUUUAAUUUUCCCAGCACAGUUCGUGACAUUAUAACUGGGGGUGACAUCACUCAUUGGUACGAAUCGGGUGAGACGUGGGAUUCCAAGUUCAGCGGCAUUGCCUCCGCUUUUGAGGAGUGUCGUGCGGAGAGCGUUGCAAUUUACCUCUGUGAUGUCCCCGAAGUUCUUCAUAUCUUUGACACAGAGGGAAAGUACGACCCGUCUGAUGUGGUUUUCAUUAACUGGCUCUCCAUGGUUCGAGCUGGACUCAUGAGCCUGGAGUUUUACACUCCAGCCUCCAACGAGGGCGACUGUGGAGCCUGGCGACAGGCUCAUUGUCAGGCUAGAUUCGCCAUAUUCAAGGCAAAUAAGUCAUCUUUUAUCCCUUCCAUAGUUCUUCUCGAGUGCAACCCACCUGUGGUACAGAUCGAAUCGGUUCAAGGUGAGGACAGGAAGCCUGAUCUUCGCAUCCACCUAGAUCGAAGUCGGCUCGAAUCGGUUGCUAAAUCAGCCAUUGGAAGCUUUCUACAAAAGCUUCAGUACUACAAGAGCACUGGAAACUCGGAGGAAGGAAUUCCCUUCUUCGUAAACACCUCCACCCCGACAGUCGAGCACCUAGGAUGGCGCCAGACUGUCCUAGAGCGUAAGAAGCCGCGGCCCCUCUACGUACAGCCGGUUACCUUUGGGAAUGCCGGAAACGGCUCUGUUAUUUUGAAAAACUAUCCGGGAACUGAGGAAGGCAUCAUUCAGUCCUUUGUGGAUCGGUACUCCGAGCAUAGGCGCUUUGGUCGAAGUGCCCUGGCUGCUCUUAAGGCUGUCUGGGAGCGGGAACAACAGUACUUCACCACUAUUCCUCUUUAA